CCCUUCCAUCCCCCCCCGCCGGUGGUAUCCACACACCGAGCAGAGACUCUGGAUGUCAGUCACUUUCCCAGCGAACAGACGGUAAUCCCCCACCUCAUCCACCCCACCCCUCUCCAAACAGCAGCAACCGGAGGCAGGAGGGGGGCAAAACCUCACGGGACACCUGUACACUACCGGACGCCUCCCCUUCUGUUGCCUUUCACUUUCACUCCCAGAAUAAGCGGCGGAUUUACGCUUUGAACAGCGGAUUCAUCCAGCAGCAGCAGCUCGCAGGAGGUCCGCGGAUGGAGACGCGCUUUGAAGGCGGAGGUCUGCUGGUGUUCACGUAGCAGCGGCUGCAGGGUCGUGCCGCAUUGUCCGGCCGCUUCGAGCGACGCUCGGGGAGACGGGGAUGCUGCCGUCGUCAGUGAGUCACAGAUCGGGAGAGAAAGCGCGGAGCGGCUUUGACAUGGAGGCGAGCGGCUGUCGCUCAGGCCACCCGGAUCAGCAGCAGGUUGGUGCAGCCUGAAGCCCCGGCGGACGUCGCUUCGUCAUCUGCACGCUGGGAAAUUCUAAUAAAGUUCAAAUCUUGUUAAAAUAAACAACAACAAAAAAAAAAACAAUGAUUGUGUGCGUAAAAGUGAGUGGCCCAUAUGUAGAAAAUGCAUCACAGAAUGAGAGCAGCGGCGGCGUCUGUGGCAGUUCAGGGUGGAUUACGUGUUCAGAGCAGCAGGCCUCCAUCUGAAGUCAGCCACUGAUCACUAAACGCUCUCCGUCCACUUCCCUGCCCUGUUGCUAACCGAUUCCUCAGCUGGUUGGCCGGAACCCCCCGCGGAGGGACAGCUGUUGCAAACGAUGACUCACCUGCAGGCUGGCCUCUCUCCGGAGACCCUGGAGAAGGCCAAGGUGGAGCUGAAGGAAAACCCGGAGACUCUCCACCAGGACAUCCAGGAGGUCCGGGACAUGAUCAUCACCCGGCCGGACAUCGGCUUCCUCAGGACAGACGACGCCUUCAUCCUCAGAUUCCUCAGGGCGAGGAAAUUCAACCACUUUGAGGCGUUUCGGCUGCUGGCACAGUACUUCGAGUACCGGCAGCAGAACCUGGACAUGUUCAAGAACCUGAAGGCCACCGACCCGGGCAUCAAGCAGGCUCUGAAGGACGGCUUCCCGGGAGUCCUGUCCAAUCUGGACAAAUACGGCAGGAAGAUCCUGGUCCUGUUUGCAGCCAACUGGGACCAGAGCAGAUACACAUUUGUGGACAUCCUGCGAGCCAUCCUGCUGUCUCUGGAGUCCAUGAUCGAAGACCCGGAGCUGCAGGUGAACGGCUUCAUCCUCAUCAUCGACUGGAGCAACUUCACCUUCAAGCAGGCCUCCAAGCUGACCCCCAGCAUGCUGCGGCUGGCCAUCGAGGGGCUGCAGGACAGUUUUCCUGCGAGAUUCGGAGGGAUCCACUUUGUGAACCAGCCCUGGUACAUCCACGCCCUCUACACGGUCAUCCGACCCUUCCUCAAAGACAAGACCAGGAAAAGGAUUUUCAUGCACGGUAACAACCUGAACAGCCUCCACCAGCUGAUCCACCCGGAGAUCCUGCCGUCAGAGCUGGGUGGGAUGAUGCCGCCGUACGAUAUGGGGACGUGGGCGCGCACGCUGCUGGACCACGCCUACGAUGAGGAGACAGACUACUGCCCAGAGUCCUACACUCUGUCGGUGCAAGACCUGGAGAGAGACCUGGAGAAAAACAUGUCCCCAAAAACCAUGAAGAGGUCUCAGUCGGUGGUGGAGCCAGGAGUCCUGAAGAGACCAGACAAAGUGAAGAGUGAAGAAGACAACCUGCAGCCGCUGCUGUCGUUGGACUAAACGCCCAGAGUUACAGCGGAGAAGCAGAAAUAGAUCAGUAUUUCAAUUUCUAAAAACGUACCUGUGCACAUACUGGAAGCGACUCUCGUCCUGCAGAAAGACGUUCCUUCAAACUUUACGGAAAGCAGCAGGGACACGUCCAGAAACCGACGAGCUUCUGAUGGUCCUCUAUACAGUAUAUUUAUUUAUGUAGUUUCAUGUCAAGUGCCAAUUCCAGAAACUGUAAAUAUGAAGUCUUUAAACAAUCCAGAGCGGAGCAGGAAGGCUGGUCUUAAGGCCGAGCGGCGCUGCGGAGGGAUGACUGGAGGUAACGGUUCCCACGGUUACUACAGGAGGACGGAUGUGUGAAAACUGCAAACAUAUUUCAAAGAGGACUUCAGACCACAGCAGCAGGCUUUUUUAUAUCUUUGUGAAGAAAAAUCUCUGGACACGGACAAGAAGGGGGCCGCAGAAAAACAGACACUGCUUGUUUUCUUGUAAGAUUUUUCCGAUGACAAUAAUGUCUAAAAUUUCCGUCUCUCUCCAGUUAUCUUUUGGAAAAGCAAACCUCCCUUUACGGUAAGAGUUGUCUCUAUGGAUCAUCGGCUUUUUUCCCCCUUCAGCCAUUUUCUCUCCGUCUGACCCAGAUGUCACAGAAAACUGCUCCGCUCCACCAUUAGAAGACCCACAGAGCUGCAGGCUCUCUUCCUCAGAAGAAGCCGUAUUUUCAGAACCUAAUGGGUGUAGCCACUAAAAACAGGGCUAAAUAUAAUUUUAUAAAAGCAAAGUUCUUUUGCUUUGUGGCACUUUUUGUGUUGCAAGGUGGGAAAUGUUUGGGUGAUGAUGUUCAUCCAAAAAAACUAAAUAAAUCACUGAGUAGCUGCAGUUUAACUUUCACUUCAGGGUAAAGGCUUUUUCACUAUGUAAGAUUUAUAGAUAUAGAUGUUAUAGAGAGCACCAUUUCUUUUGCUUGUGCAGGAAACCACAUGUACAUAAUGCAGCAAAUGGCUCUGCAGGUUUAUUGGCUCAUGUUAAAAAAACUAACUAUUUAUUCUUUUCUGUUUAAAAUCACAGCAUUAAAGUCAAAAUUCUGACAAAUAAAAGUAAAAGUAAUAAUAAUUCUAAGAAAAAAACAAUCAUCCAUUAAUUUUUUCAUAUGCAGAAACUCAAAAUGUCCCCAAAAUAUCCAAAUGAAGUCUGGAUGUUUGGUUUUUAACGCUGCUGACAGCAGCUCUCCUCUCGGUCCUUUGCAGACCUGCAGACAUUCCAAACUGCAAUAAUGUCUCUCAUUAGAAAACGUAGAUUAUAGACACAGACAGUAUUAAAAGAUUUAUGUCAGAAUUUUCUUUUUUUAUGUAAACACAAUGAGAGGAAAACUUCAACAUAUUCCAAACAGUUUGGACAUUUAUUUUCUGUAAAAAGACCUUUAAGUACUUAGAGUUUAGGUUAAAUUUUAUAUUUAGAGUACAGAUGUUAUAAUUAGUGAGAUUUGUUAUUUACUGCAUAGAUAAGAUAGAAGCUUUAACUCAGCAUUUGCUCCACCCUGUUUUAUUUUUAGAGUUUAUUGAAAUGCAUCCGGCUCCAUCUGACGGCUGUUACAGUUUUUCCACAUCAGGCGAAUGAAGUGCAAAUCUUCGACCAGUGAAUGUCAGCAGCCGGGCGGGUCCAGUGCGGCCGGGUGGGUCCAGUGCGGCCGGGCGGGUCCAGUGCGGCCGGGUGGGUCCAGUGCGGCCGGGCGGGUCCAGUCCGCUCGGAGGCAGAGAGCGUCCGGCUGAACGCGGAGCGACAGCUGGGAUGUCCAGCCGUCAGUCGCUGCUCAGCUCAGCCCCACUGAGAGCAGCCAGGCCUCCUGGUCUGCUGGUGAAGCUGCAGAUAAAAACCAGCCUCUGAGGCUCUCAGCUUCAUUCACAGAAUAUAUGAUCAGUUUGUCCCUCUGAGCAAAAAGCUGCUCAAAAUUCAUAAUAAUUUGACUCUGACGGUUCCUGCAUUAAAAAUAUCUGACACUGUAAUUUUCACAAUGAAACUUAUUUGUACUUAUUGCAUAAAAUUGCGCAAAUUUGAGAUUAUAAUUUUCUUUCUGGUCCAUUUGAGCAAGUGUGAGGGUAAUAUGCAGCAUACUGCAUCAAUUACUAUUAAUUGAUGCAAAGAUUUACAGUAAGUCUAAAAGUUUCAAAUCUUUUUAACGCUAAACUGUCUUCAAAUUCCUGUAAAAAAAAUUUAUUUGUAAUUUCUUCCCCUAAAUAUAAAGUCCUCGAUUACAUGUUGGAUUAUUAAUUUUCCUCUACAGAAUCCCAAUCAUUGCCACUUAGAGGUACUAAAACUUUGCAGCUGCAGCAGCCAAUACAGUCCUGCUUUCACCAUAAAUGUAUUUACAGAAAGUAAAUACAUUUUGGAAACCAUUUUCAUGACGUCAGGAAGCCAUUUUUAAAAAUUAGUCAUGCUAAAUUUGGCUGCCUGGAUUACUAAGUGUGGCUGAAAUAUAAUAAUAGAAACUAAGCUAACAAUGAGGAUCAGGCUAAGUUUAGAUACAAAUACUGAUCAUUUAGAUAUUUUUGAUCUGGACUUCAAUCUUCAUGCUUCCAAACUAAUUGGUUCAUCCACUUUUUAAAAGAUAAUAUUUUGAAAUUGACCUUUUUUGGUGACCAGGACAGUUUGAAAUGAAUUCAAGGAACAUUUUAAACCUACACAGUUAACACUUAUUUCAUUAGUUGUUCUAGUAAAAAUAUUUUGUGAAAACAGACAAUUUAUUAUCAGAUGUUGUUUAAUUAUCCAGCCAAAUAUAUUCUGGUUUAAAGAGAGGAACACUGUUGUUGUUUUUUGUUAAUAUUAGUCUAGUUUAAGAUUUUAUUUGUCAGUUUUUGUUUGCAAAAAAAAAAGAUAAUCUCCAAAUGAACCAGAUCCACUAAAGGGCAAAAUUUGAAUCUGAGGAAAUGUAACAAUCCUUUACAGAAGCUUCCAGGUGCUUAGACUUUACUUUCUGUGCAUAAACAAAAACCUUGGAUGUAUUUUUUUUAAGGUUAUCAAACAGGAUGGCGGGGGUCAGAGGUCAGGAGGUGUAAAGACAAACAGGGACACACACUCACACACUCACACAGCCACUGUAGAUGCUUCCAGUUGUUGGGAUUAAACGUUUACAUGAAGUGAACAUGUACACUGCUUGAAUAUCGCUCCACUCCGUGACUCAGAGCCUCCUGCUGCUCCACCGAAGGGUUAAAGUGACACAAGUGAAUUUCACUGGUUGUUUUGUGUGACAGUAUUUAACAGAUGGUUAUACAGAAGAUCUUUAAUUUUACAACAAAACGUUCUUUUCUGGUAAUUCUUCACUGAACACUUAGUAUUUUUUUAUGUUUAUUUUGUCAGUAUUUUUAUGGAAAUUGCUAAUGUUUAUUAUACAAAUGUCAGAUGUGUGCUUUUUAAACUGUAAGCAGUCUGAAAUAAGUUUCAUAUUUAAGAAAUUCAGCAUUUUGAAUGUUUUUCUACAUGAUGUUUUGUCUUUCUUUCCAAAGUUUUCAUCAGAAUUUUAAACCUUAAAUGAGAAUAAAAAUCUAAAAACCACCUUAGAUGCCAUCCUGGAGGUUCACAGGUCUUCAUACACAUUUACCAAAACAUUUUAACCAAAAUUUUAGAUUUUUACAAUACAGGAUGUCAUGAAAAAUAACAGCAGUCUUUAAAAAGUUACAUAUAGCUGGAGGUUUACGGCGUGAUGUAACCUUUAAUGACUUAUUGCGUAAACAAACUCAUUCACACAAUUGCAAAAUUAUUGAUAUUCCAUAAAGACACAAAGUUUUGAGUACGUUUGUAAUGCAGCUGUUUGUAAAACACAGGAACCUCCAUGAUGGUAACUGGUGUGGUUUGCAGUUUAUUUGGUAAUGAAACGGCACAUCUUUUUUUUUUACUCAGUUUGUUUUCGGUUUGUUUCCAGUAAAUGCUCCCAGCUUUCAUGAACCUGAGCUGAAUAACUUUUCACUGAUUUCAUCGUUUUUCUCUAUUUAAAGCUUCCAGCAGUGACAACUCCCUGCAUCCAACCUGCUUAAUGAAGAUUUGGAUUCAUUAAUCUGUUUUUAUCUCUUCUGCUCUCCAUCACGCUCUUGUUAUUCAGUAUUUUGUAAUAAUCGAUAGUCUGUAGGCGGUUUAAUUCUCACUGACUUUGAAUUGUGUCAUGUCUCUGCCAAAGCCGCUUGUUCCACUGAGAAUCUAAUGUAUUGUUUCUGAUCAUUAAGUAUUUGUGCACUGAUGACAUUGAAUGAUCUUUUCUUACUGAUUGGUAAUUUCUUGAGGAGAAAAGAAAUGAAUGCAUAAUUUUGAGUUUACUCACUUCUUCUUUUCUCACAGUUUUCUGAUUGUAUAGUUGCAGUAGGAAGACGACACUGAAGCAGAAAUGUGAAGUUAUUAUGAAAGCCAGUAUAUUAUAGGAGCAAAAACUGUCCAGUUAGCAGGUGUUCUAUGUGUAAAUGUCCUCUAAGACAAUUUGCUGAAAUGUAAAAUGAUCAAAAUAAAUAUGGACAUGCAGAUUUUCUCA